GUGCUUAACAUUUGUGACUUUAUUUUGUGCCGAUGAGAUGGACAGCAACACCAUAGGAAUAAUUUUUCUACUCAUUGCAACAUCAUUUGCAACGUCAAAAUCAAUCGAAGAUUAUGAUAGCAAUGAUGUCAACGGAAAUAUAAUUAAUGAUGGAAUACAAUCAUCACAUGAUUAUUAUGGAGAUUACAUAGACGAUAUGAAAAGCAGCAGUGAAAUGACGAAGCGAACUCCGGAAAUUUAUUACAAUGAUAAAAGGAAUAUUCUGAGUGCAUUACGGUCCAAGAUGAGACGAUCAAAUAAUAUCAAGCCUAUUGAAGAUGUUGAAGAUAAAUAUAAAUUUGCACCAGUUCUAUCAGUUGAUGCUCUGAAUAAUCUGAACGGAUUCUUUGAUAAUUUGGCAUCAAAUAUUCACACGAUGGAAUCAAGAAACUUGCUACCAAAUCAAAUGAGAUUGCUUGGUGAAUCAGAAUAUCGUCCAAGAACUGAUCCUUACUCAUCAUCGGCUGCUUUUAUCAAUUCAGUUCGCUCAUAUGCUCCAUCGAAAAGCAUAAGGAAGCUGCUUUCCUAUCAACCAGAAUCCCAUCGCAAUUCAAAUUUUUAUGAUCCAGUUUACAGCCGUCUCGGUUUAGGCAGACGCUAAUGAAGCAGGAAGAACUUAAAUGAACUUUCCUGAGUGCUGUCUGUUGAUGCCAUGUCCAUCUUAAUAAUGGAAAAACUUUAAAGUUUCACUCAAUUAAAUGUCCAACGAAUAAACAUUUCUCCAGUAUUAUUCUCAAAUUAAAUAUAUAUAUUAUAAGAGAUAAAGCUAUGAUAAAUUGACGAUUAAGUUUUAUGGGAAAAAAGGAAUUAGC